UGAGGGCAUGCGGAAGUAACGUCAGUUGAAAAUGGCUGGAACUAGUCUGGGAUGGAGGUCGUGUCUGUCUGUUCAUUUAGCAGUAUUUGGAUGGUAUGUUUUCACAUUACGGACUAAUUGUUCAUUAGAAAUAUCGGAUCGACAUCCAGGAGCGCAAACAUACGGAGGACGAUGGAAGUACCUCACAUUCUUAAACCUGGUGAUGCAGACGGUCUUUUUUGGAUUAUGUGUUUUGACCGAUAUCAUUCACAUGGCAGUGUCAAAUAAAGCCGCUCGUAGCGGACUUCCAGCUCGCCUAUUAAAAACGCGAGAUUAUUUCUUUACUGUCUUGGCAUUUCCAGUUGGGACAUUUGUCUUCGCAUCUUUUUGGUCACUCUACACUUACAACCGCGAACUCGUAUAUCCGAAGUUUUUGGAUGAUAUCAUUCCAAUAUGGCUCAACCAUGCUUUGCACACCGUCAUAAUGCCCCUGCUCCUGGUGCAGAUGUUUCUCCAGCCUCACAAGUUCCCCAGCCGGGCCAAAGGCAUCCUGGGCUUGGCCGUGUUUGUUGCUCUUUAUCUGGCAUGGGUCCUGUGGGUGCACCAUGUGUCGGGGAUCUGGGUCUACCCUAUCAUGUCCCACCUCAGUCCCGUGGGGCUGGUGGUGUUCCUGGGGGUGGCCUCUCUGACCAUGGCCCCCCUGUACCUGCUGGGGGAGAAAAUGAGCCAGCUGAUGUGGCGGACGGCAGGUGAGAGUGGUGGGAAAGGGAAGAAAAAGAAGUAGACACCGUUUGGCUGUGAAAUGAACCUUGAUGAAGGGGACCAUGCAAGCAGACCAGGAGUGGCAUGGACCAAAGCAGAGGAAGCUUUUGAAAUCUAGUUAAACCAGCGCUGGACUCAGGUCUUUACCUAUUAAACUACAUACCAUUUUCAGCACUGAACCUAUACGCAGCAAUCAAACAUCAAGAAUCUGUACGAGGAUGACCCUGAUUUAGAGAGUUGGUUUUAAAUUCUUGGUUUUGUCACGGUUUACACUGUUAGCAUGUCAUCCAAAGGCAUUCAAUACAUGCUGAUAACUUCAAGAUGCUGUUUUUUUUUUAUUGGCCAGUUCUAUCCAUGUGUGCUGUGUUAUAUUUAAUUGCCCAAGUAUAUGAAAAUAAGAUUCCUUUAUUAAAUAGCUGUCUAAAAUAGAAUUGAAGUGUAUUUUUCAAUUGAAUAAAUGUGAUUUACAUAAACCGAA